AAUAAAUUCUGAAAGUUGCUGUUGAAAGAAACAAGUAGUGUUCAACGGAUCAUAACCAUUGAACCCUUAUAUUUUUUUUACAACUAAUUAAUUGAUAAUAUCGUUUGGUUACUGAUUCGUAUUUGUAAUGCUUGUUAACUUCAGAGAAACAAAAUCUUAUUGUUUUGCAAGAUGUACAAAUGAAAAGCAAUGGCUUGGAAUUUCGUCGUAAUAGUAACGAAUAUGAGCAAAUGCUUAGGCAUUCAAUCUAAGAAACCAAUCAGUUGAAUGAUUGUUUCCUAUUUAAGUUCGAAAGUACUCGGAGUCAAUGACAUAAACGUAAUGGCUUCGCAACAAUUCAAGCUGUAAUGGCUUGGCUGAAGCGGAUGCCCUUUCGUCAACUGAGGUCUGCUGCAUCUGAGAGUUCGAGUCUUGCAAUUGAUCUUCUAAUCCCUCUCUUCCUUCGGAAGGCAGCUUCUGUAAGGACGGAGGGUUAAACACGGAGCCAUCGGCGGAGGUUGGUGACAAUGCACGUCAACUCCGGGUUAGAGGCAGUGCGAUUGCGAUGGGAUUCACUCUAGCAUCGGCCCCCAGGAAGGGGGCCCGCUACAGCACAUUUUUGUUCAUUCAAAAAAUUUUGUUAAGAAAUCCAAAAAAGAAACAGGACCAAUUACUUCACAGAAUGGAGUAAACAAAAGCUGUAUAAAAUCUAACUUGAUUAAGCGCAAUGAUAUUUUACUUUAUACAUAAGACGAGCCAAUCCAAAAGAAAAAAAAAUAAUAAAAAAAAUUGCGAAUAACUGAUUAAUUAGAACCGUUUAAAUUCAACACCCGGAAGCUUAUAAUAAUGCCCUUUUAACUGAUGAAACAGCUAUUAUAAUUCAAUUCUUUUGAUUACUGCUUGUAACUAUUUAGGAUACACGGCGUACGAAAGAAAAGACUCAUAAAGUGUAUUUCCUUUCUUCGACUGGUUUAUUUGCUUUCUUGCAUCAAGUAAAUUUGAAAUCCUCAAACAACACAUCUAUUUUCGACCAGCUUGAACCUAAUUGCAGAGCAAAAUUUUUUUCUUCCAUCCUCACAAACCGACCAUGCCGUCCAAACAAACAUCCUCUGUCCGAGAGGCCAGUUUCUCGAUUAACGAGCAAUUUGGUGGUCGAAUUCUGAAAAAAGAGGAGCAGGUUUUUGAGCAAAAUGCUUGGGAUCAUGUGGAAUGGGACGAAGAACACAUAGAAUAUGCCAAACAAUGCAUUGAGAAACAAAAACAGAAUCCCGUGGCGGAAGUAGAAAAAUAUAUGGAACAGCCUGCCUCGUUUUGGGAUAAAUUUUAUGAACGCAAUGAGGGCAACUUCUUUAUGAACAGACGUUGGUUGGCUCAAGAGUUUCCAGAAAUCAUGGAGGCAUUGAAAGAGGAUGCAGGAGAAAAACGCAUUAUCGAGGUUGGAUGCGGUGCCGGAAAUACAAUCUGGCCUAUUCUCGGAGCAAAUAAAAAUCCUCAGUUAACAGUAUUUGGCGUCGACUACUCCAGCAAGGCUAUUGAUGUUGUUAAGGAAACACCAGCAUUUCAAGAAAGUGACAUUGUUCAGGCCUCCGUGUGGGAUUUAGCUGGAUCUACGUUGCCAGAAAACGUAGAGCCAGAGAGUUGUGACAUUGUUAUCCUCAUUUUUUGCUUUUCUGCCUUGGCUCCGGAGCAAUGGGAGCAGAGUAUUUCCAACAUUACGCGACUUUUGAAACCAGGAGGCCUAGUUCUGUUCCGUGAUUAUGGUCGUUGGGAUAUGACACAACUCAGAGCAAAAGGAAAUAGACUUCUCGGUGAUAAUUUUUAUAUUCGUGGAGACGGUACUCGUGUAUACUUUUUUACAAAUGAGGAAUUAGAAAAUGUUUUUGGAUCCAACUUUGCCGUUCUGCAAAACGGCGUAGACAAACGACUCCUCGUGAACCGUAAGAAAAAGGUAAAGAUGUACCGCUGUUGGUUACAAGCCAAAUUUCAGAAGAAAAUUCAAUCUUAGAUUGCGAAAAAUGGCAUGUACAAGUUAAAUUAUUCAUCAGUAUUUUUGUCAUAAGAGUCUUCAAUGCAGCCUGAAGAAAGCUCACGCGCCCAUUGAUUAAGAGUUAUUCUAGCUUGUUCUUCCUGCUCUUUUGAAGUAAUAUUUUUUUGAAAGCGAGCGUUAAACUCGCGUAAAGAUGGUGUUCUACAAGCAGCAAGGAUAGUGCACCCAAUAGAACCAAAAAGAGACGUAGUGAAAAGUGUGGCCAGUGCGAAAACCUUCAAAGAGGUCACAGCAGGAUUCAUACGAAGAUAGAAAGGAACAUUGCUCAUAAAAAAUGACGGUCUCCGACCAAGCAUACGAGCAAUGCCAUAGGCCGACCCAAGCAAUACAAACUGGCAUGUACCGAAAACGUAGUCAAGUGUCUUUAACAUGAUUUGAAUGUACGGGAUGCUCUGUGGGAAUGUUUUUGGGUCAGCGUUUUUUUUUUUUUAAUAAUAGGAAUUGUCGUUCAAUAUUAUGCACAUGGAACACGUUUUCAUCCAGUAAAAUCAAAAACUUUCCAGCUCACUUUCAGUGCUAAUUUUGAAA